GAAAACUCUUGCAGACUUCUUGCGAUGAAGAAAGGUCCUCAACAAAGAAUAUUUUCCAGAGCAAAGAUACCACCAUCAUCUCGCUCUCCUCAUCCAGCAUCUCUUAAAUCCAAUAUGAGAUCUCGGUCGCUUUCACCUUUAAGUGGACCAGAGACUCCGCCUUUUCUUUCUGGAGGACAGUAUUGUGAGCAAGAAGAAAGCGAUAUUCCUUUAGGCUACCAAGACCAUAAAGAAGCUGAUUCACAUGCAGGAGUCCGAUACAUUACUGAGGCCCUUGUUAAAAAGCUUACCAAGCAGGACAACUUGGCCUUGGCAAAAUCUCUGAACCUUUCACUUUCUAAAGAUGGUGGCAAGAAAUUUAGGUAUAUCGAAAAUUUGGAAAAAUGUGUUCGACUUGAAGUACUGAAUCUCAGCUAUAAUGUCAUAGGGAAGAUUGAGAAGAUGGAUAAACUAUUAAAAUUACGUGAACUCAAUUUAUCAUAUAACAAAAUCAGCAAAAUUGAAGGCAUAGAAAAUAUGUGUAAUCUGCAAAAGCUAAAUCUUGCAGGAAAUGAAAUUGAACAUAUCCCAGUAUGGUUAGGGAAGAAGUUAAAAUCUUUGCGGGUCCUCAAUCUGAAAGGCAACAAGAUAUCAUCGCUCCAGAAUGUAAGCAAGUUGAAACCACUUCAAGAUUUGACUUCCCUGAUCCUACUAGAAAAUCCAAUUGUGGCUCUUCCUCAUUACCAGCAGUUUACCAUUUUCCACCUCCGUUCACUGGAGAGUUUGGAAGGUCACGCAGUAACCACUCAGGACAGACAGGAGGCUUUUGAAAGAUUCAGCUUAGAAGAGGUAGAAAGAUUAGAGAGAGACUUGGAAAAGACUGUGAUGGAAACUGAAGAGCUAAAGAGUAAGCAAACGAGGUUCCUUGAGGAAAUUAAAAAUCAAGAUCAACUGAACAAAUCAUUGAAAGAGGAGGCCAUGUUACAGAAACAAAACUGUGAGGAGCUAGAGAGUGACCUAAAUACAAAGAACGAACUGCUCAAACAGAAGACCAUGGAACUAACGCGAGCGUGUCAGAAACAGUAUGAGCUGGAGCAGGAGCUGGCCUUUUAUAAAAUUGAUGCUAAAUUUGAGCCACUCAAUUAUUAUCCAUCAGAGUAUGUUGAGGUUGAUAAAGCCCCGGAUGAAAGCCCUUACAUUGGCAAAUCCAGAUACAAGAGGAAUAUGUUCACCACAGAGAGUUACAUUAUUGAUAAUGCCCAGCCAGUGCAGGUCAGGAAGAUGGAGCCAGCUGAAGGGGAACAACUGAGAACUGAGCAUGCUCACAUGAAAGCGCCACUGGAUCUACAACUAGAAGACAAAGAGACAAAAAUAAGUGCAGCACAAACACGGCUAGCAGAACUUUAUGAUGAAAUAGAAAAGGCAGAACAACAAAUUUUAAGAGCUACUGAAGAAUAUAAACAACUGGAAGAAGCUAAACAACUGAAAAAAAUUUCAGAAGCAGAGAAAGACCUUCUUUUCAAGCAGUUGAGUGGAAGGAUACAGCUUCUAAAUAAAUUACGCCUGGAAGCUCUGGAUCUAGAAAUGCCAAUGGAAAAGCAAAGACAGGAACUUGCCGAAAAGCAAAAGGAGGUUAAGGACCUGCAAACAGUCAUCAGUAGUCUGGAUUCUGAAGACCCAAAACAUUCUCAUAUGACAGCUCAGAAAAGGGGUAAAGAACAACAGCUUGACAUAAUGAACAAACAGUAUAAACAACUUGAAAGCCGUUUGGAUGACAUACUUUCUAGAAUUGCCAAGGAAACUGAAGAGAUUAAGGACCUUGAGCAACAGCUUACUGAAGGCCAGAUAGCCGCAAAUGAAGCCCUCAAGAAGGAUUUAGAAGGUGUCAUCAGUGGUUUGCAAGAGUAUUUGCAGAGUGUCAAAGGACAAGCAACUCAGGCCCAGAAUGACUGCAAGAAGCUACAGGAUGAGAAAGAGGCAUUGCUACAGAGACUGACCAAAGUUGAAGAGGAAAGAAACCAACUAGAAAUUGUUGCCAUGGAUGCAGAAAAUAUGAGAAAGGAGCUUGCAGAGCUCGGAACGGCCCUCCAGGAGCAGCACGAGGUGAAUGUAUCUCUGCAGCAGACCCAGGGAGAUCUCAGUGCCUAUGAGGCAGAGCUGGAGGAUCAACUAAGAAUGAGGGAUGCUGAAGCCAACCAGCUUAAGGAAGAAUUGGAAAGAGUAACGAGGCUUAGCCAGUUAGAACAGUCAGCCCUUCAAGCAGAACUUGAGAAGGAAAGGCAAGCCCUUGAGAAUGCCCUCCGAAAAGCCCAGUUCUCAGAAGAAAAGGAACAAGAAAACAAUGAGCUCUGCACACAACUUAAACAGUUGCAGGAUGACAAUAACCUGUUAAAACAGCAGCUGAAAGAGUUCCAGAAUCACCUUAAUCAUGUAGUUAAUGGUUUGAUUCGUCCAGAAGAAGUGGCAGCUCGUGUGGAUGACCUGAGAAGAAAGCUGAAGUCAGGAGCUGGGGAAACAAGAUUCGACAGUCCUUCUGAUAUCUUAGGGAAAAGCCUUACCAACUUACAAAAACAGUUCAGUGAAAUCCUUGCACAGUCCCAAUGGGAAAGAGAGGAAGCACAAGUCAGAGAGAGAAAACUCCAAGAAGAAAUGGCUCUGCAGCAAGAGAAACUGGCAAACGGACAAGAAGAGUUCAAGCAGGCCUGUGAGAGAGCCCUUGAAGCCAGAAUUAAUUUUGAUAAGAGGCAACAUGAAGUAAGAAUCCAGAAAUUGGAGAAUGAAAUUCACUAUUUACAAGAAAAUCUGAAAAGUAUGGAGGAAAUCCAAGGCCUUACAGAUCUUCAACUUCAGGAAGCCGAUGAAGAGAAGGAGAGAAUUCUGGCCCAACUCCAAGAGUUAGAGAAAAAGAAGAAAAUUGAAGAUGCCAGGUCCCAGGAGCAAUUUCUUGGCUUAGAUAAAGAAUUGAAGAAACUAAAAAAAGCUGUGGCUGCCUCUGAUAAGCUAGCCACAGCUGAGCUCACCAUUGCCAAAGACCAGCUUAAGUCCCUUCAUGGAACUGUUAGGAAAAUUAACCAGGAGCGAGCAGAGGAGCUGCAGGAAGCCGAGAGGUUCAGUAAAAAGGCAACGCGUGCAGCCCGGGAUCUGAGCCGAGCAGAAGCAGAGAUUGAGCUCCUGCAGAAUCUUCUCAGGGACAAAGAGGACCAGUUUCUAAUGGAGAUGGAGAAAGCAGAUGCAGGCACCUUAGUAGGCAACUCACAGGUGCUGGAAAUGGAUAAACUCAAUGAGAUAAUGGAGAGACAAAGGACAGAGAUUACAAGGCUGCGGAAUUUACUAGACCUCCCUGGGGCUGCUAGCAAAGGAGGCUUUGAAAAUGUCUUGGAAGAAAUUGCUGAACUCCGUCGUGAAGUUUCUCAUCAGAAUGAUUACAUCAGCAGCAUAGCAGAUCCUUUCAAAAGACGAGGCUAUUGGUACUUUAUGCCACCACCACCAUCAUCAAAAGUUUCUAGCCAUAGUUCCCAGGCCACCAAGGACUCUGGUGUUGGCCUAAAGUGUGCAGCCUCAACUCCAAUUAGAAAACCACAUACUGGGGAGCAAGAUGGGAAGGAAUGCAGUGGACUGCCACCCGCCUCAGGAUACUGGGUUUAUUCUCCCAUAAGAAGUGGCUUAUAUAAGUCUUUUUCAAAUAGAGAUGAAGACAGUGGAGGAGAUAGCCAGGAAGAGAGUGACGUGGCUGACCAAGAGGAGCCCCCAUUUGCCCCUCCGCCUGGAUACAUGAUGUAUACAGUCUUUCCCGACGGGUCUCCUGUGCCGCAGGGCAUGGCCCUGUAUGCACCACCCCCUCCCUUGCCCAACAACAGCCGACCUCUCACCCCCGGAACUGUUGUUUAUGGACCUCCUCCUGCUGGGGCCCCCAUUGUGUAUGGACCUCCACCCCCCAACUUCUCGAUCCCCCUCAUCCCCAUGGGUGUGCUGCAUUGCAACGUCCCAGAACAUCAUAACUUAGAGAAUGAAGUUUCUAGAUUAGAAGAAAUAAUGCAGCAUUUGAAAUCAAAGAGAAGGGAAGAAGGGUGGAUGAGAGUCUGUACGCGGCCGUCUGAAAAAGAAAUGGAAGAGUUGCAUCAUAAUAUUGAUGGUCUUUUGCAAGAGAAGAAAGACUUAGAGCAUGAAGUAGAAGAGCUACAUAGGACCAUCCAAAAACAUCAACAGCGAAAGGACUUCAUUGAUGGAAAUGUUGAGAGUCUUAUUACUGAACUAGAAAUAGAAAAAUCACUCAAGCACCAUGAAGAUAUUGUAGAUGAAAUUGAAUGCAUUGAAAAGACUCUUCUGAAACGCCGUGCAGAGCUCAGGGAGGCAGACCGACUCCUGGCGGAGGCUGAGAACGAACUCACAAGCAUAAAAGAGAAAACAAAACAUGCUGUUGAGAAGUUGACUGAUACCAAGAGAGACUUAUUACAAACUGAAUCAGAUGCUGAAGAGCUAGAAAGGAGAGCUCAGGAAACUGCUAUUAACCUUGUCAAAGCCGAUCAACAGCUAAGAUUGCUCCAGGCUGAUGCAAAGGAUUUGGAACAGCACAAAAUUGAGCAAGAAGAAGUCUUGAAAGAAAUCAACAAAGUUGUAGCAACAAAAGACUCAGACUUCCUGUAUUUACACAAGAAGAAGGAAAAACUGACAGAAGAGCUUCAUAAGCUGCAAAAAGACAUCGAGACAGCAGAGCGCAAUGAGGACCACCACCUGCAGGUCCUUCAAGAGUCUGAGAGCCUUCUUCAGGCCAAGAGGGCAGAGCUGGAAAAGCUGAAGACCCAGAUAACAAGUCAGCAACAGGAGAUGAUCGUCUUGGAUAGGCAGCUGGGGCAUAAAAAGGAGGAACUAAAUCUACUCCAAGGAAGCAUGGUCCAGGCAAAGGCUGACCUCCAGGAAGCUCUGAGUCUGGGAGAGACUGAAGUAGCUGAGAAGUGCAAUCACAUUAGGGAAGUAAAAUCUCUUCUGGAAGAACUGAGUUUUCAGAAAGGAGAACUGAAUGUCCAGAUUAGUGAAAAAAAAACUCAACUUGCACUUAUAAAGCAGGAAAUUGGAAAAGAGGAAGAAAAUCUUCAGGUAGUUUUAGGGCAGAUGUUUAAACAUAAAACUGAACUCAAGAAUAUUCUGGACAUAUUGCAACUUGAAAACAAUGAGCUACAAGGCUUGAAGCUACAGCAUGACCAAAGGGUGUCUGAGUUAGAGAAGACACAGGUUCAAGUGCUGGAGGAAAAGCUGGAAUUAGAGAAUCUGCAGCACACAGCCCAACGACAGAAAGGGGAAAUCGAGUGGCAGAAGCAGCUCUUGGAAAAGGACAAACGGGAAAUGGAGCGAAUGACCGCUGAGACCCAAGCUUUACAGCUGUGCAUUGAGUCUUUGAGCAAAGAAAAGGAAGAUCUCGAAGAGAAAUGUGACAGUUGGGAAAAGAAGGUGGCACAAACCAAAAGAGUUUUGGCAGCUGCAGAAGAGACUAGCCAAACAGAACAGUUGAACUUAGAGAAGUUGGAAUUGGCUGUCAGGAAACUGCAGCAGGAAGUAGACCAGCUAAACAGAGACAAGCUCUCACUGCAUGAAGACGUUUCAGUUCUGCAGCAACAGCUACAAGAAAAACGGGAAGAGGUAAACACACUACAGGAGGAACUAACUCAUGUCCAAGACCAUUUGAACCUAGCAGAACAGGAUCUGCUUCAUGCCACCAAGCACCGAGACAUGCAGCGUAGUGAGCAGACCAGGCUUCAAAAGGACAUUAGUGACCAGAAAAAGAAGUUUAAAGACUGUCAAAAAGAAGGGGAGACCAAACAACAACAACUUCAACAACUUCAGAAUGAGAUUGAAGAAAACAAGCUCAAGCUAACCCAACAAGAAAUGAUGUUUCAAAAACUCCAGAAAGAAAGAGAAAGUGAAGAAGAGAAAUUAGAAUCCAGUAAAGUGGCAUUGAAGGAGCAGCAGCAGGAGCUGGAAAAGGAAUUAACAGACCAGAGAAGCAAACUGGGGCAGGUGCUCACAGAGGUGUUGGUGGCUGAAGAACGUGUCAGGACUCUGCAGGAAGAGGAGAGAUGGAGUGAAUCCCUGGAGAAGACGCUUUCCCAAACCAAGCGACAGCUUUCAGAACGGGAGCAGGAAUUAACAGAAAAGUCAAGUGAGCUUGUGGCUCUCCAAAAAGAGACAGACUCUAUGAGGGCAGACUUCAGCCUCCUGCGGAACCAGUUCUUAACAGAAAGAAAGAAAGCCGAGAAGCAGAUUGCCAGCCUAAAAGAAGCACUUAAGACCCAGCGCAGUCAGCUGGAGAAAACCCUUCUUGAACAAAAACAGGAGAAUAGCUGCAUGCAGAAGGAAAUGGCAACAAUUGAGCAGGUGGCCCAGGACAACCAUGAGCGGGCCAGGCGCCUGAUGAAGGAGCUCGUCCAAAUGCAGCACGAAUACACGGAGCUCAAGAAACAGAUGGCAAACCAAAAAGAUUUGGAGAGAAGACAAAUGGAAAUCAGUGAAGCCAUGAGGACACUUAAAUCUGAGGUGAAAGAUGAAAUCAGAACCAGCCUUAAGAAUCUCAACCAGUGUCUUCCAGAACUACCAGCAGAACUGGAAGCUAUUUUUGAAAGAAACGAAAACUUAGAAGGAGAGUUGGAAAGCUUGAAAGAGAACUUUCCAUUUACCAUGAAUGAACGACCAUCACUUUUUGAAGAAAAACUAAACUUUUCCCAAGUUCACAUAAUGGAUGAACAGUGGCGUGGAGAAGCACUUCGAGAGAAACUGCGUCACCGUGAAGAUCUACUCAAGGCUCAGCUUCGACACUGUAUGUCCAAACAAGCAGAAGUAUUAAUUAAAGGAAAGCGGCAGACAGAAGGCACUUUACACAGUCUGAAGAGACAAGUUGAUGCUUUAGGGGAAUUGGUCACCAGCACUUCUGCAGACUCAGCUUCUCUGUCACCCGGUCUGUCUCAGCUGGGGUCUUCCUUUGCUGAGGACUCUCAAUUUGGACAAAGCCAGGUAAGAGGAAGUUCUUAA